AUCAGCUGCUUACAACCAUCUUAUAAUUUCCGAAUAGAAUGGUACGAGAGUCGUGAAUUUCAUCAAAAACCACAAUCUUUAUAUCCGAAAACAUUCUGUCCAUCACAGAUAUGUUCAUUUCAACAGAACAUAGACUGUAUUCCUUAUGUACUGUGAUAUUGGAAAUCAUUGUUGUUAACUUUCAAUUGUCUUCAUUCUGAAAAUCUAUUUCGGUUCUUACAUUUCUGGUCUUUUUCUUUUUCUAUUCGCACACAUAUUGCAGAUCAAAAUCUUUUAUUGUUUUAUGAUUACUUGGUGAAUGUUAUUCGUCAAACAGACAAGGAUACAUUGAUAUUUUACGAGAGUGUAACUUAUGGAAUAUUUUUUCCAUUUGUCAAUGGAAUACCUGGUACUGGCAUGCAACGUGUUCCUGGUCUAUUACAAGAUGAGAUGGCCAGAAAGAAGAGUGUAUUAUCUUAUCAUUACUACUGUUGUCUAUUGCAAUCGACACCAGCUACAGAGCAUAUGCCAUCAUGGAAACGAUAUUUGUGUGAUCAGCUUCUCUUAAAUUAUACAUUCAAAAAUGUGAGAAGUAUAGUUCAAUCCACUGGUGGCGGACGGUUUUUAACAGAAUUCGGUCUAUGUCUUCCUGAUGGUAAUCCAGAUUCAAUAAAUACGGUUGAAUGUAAUGCUGUGCUGAAUGCAGCAGAUAGGAACUUCGAAUCAUGGACGUACUGGGACGGAUAUGAAUUAUUUUCUAACUUAAAUGUAGAAAACAUUUCCGUAGGUUUUGUAAUUGAUAAUAUCUUUUUUGAAUUUAUGUCAAAUUUCUUAUUGAAGUCAUUAUGUUCUGUACGGUGAAGGAAUUUAUAAUUUUCAUUCUGAACAGUGUCAUCAGUAUAAUUAGAACAACAUCAGUAAGCGAACAAUAUUGUUUUCAAUUAGAUCGUCAUCAGGCUUUACUCUA